AUGAAAUCAGCCCACGUCUUCAAGAAAACGGAUACAGAGCUGGAGGUCCGCCUCCAAGACUUGGCUAUCCCCUCCCCCGAGCCCAACCAAGUCCUAAUCAAAGUCAUCGUCGCCGGAACAAACCCCAAGGACUGGAAAUAUCCUCUCUUGAUCAAGAACGCCUCAGGCCUAAACACUGGCGACGAUGUGGCCGGAUACAUUGAGGCGGUGGGCUCCAAUGUCACCGAGUUUAAGGUGGGCGACCGCGUAGCUGCCUUCCAUGAAAUGGGAAAACCCUACGGCGCGUUCGCCGAGUAUGCGAUUGCGUGGGAGAAGACGACGUUUCAUCUCCCCCAAGCCACUUCGUUCGAAGAAGCCGCUACCAUUCCCCUGGCCGCGAUGACCAGCGUGGUUGGCCUUUUCUGCCGCCUGGGACUACCGGAGCCUUGGGUCACGGUUUCGCAGGCCCGCAACGAUGCCCUGGCCGGAGGCGUGGUUGUCUAUGGCGCUGCCUCAGCCGUCGGCGCUUUCGCCGUGAAACUUCUCGUCCGUUCCAAAUUGCACCCGAUCAUUUGCAUUGCAGGACGUGGCAUUUCGUUUGUCGAAGGUCUGAUCGACAAAUCUAAAGGCGACACUGUCAUUGACUAUCGCCAUGGACACGACAGUGUCGUCGCGGGUAUUCGUGGUGCUGUCCCGAAGGGCCAGAAGCUGAUGUACGCUUUUGACGCGGUCAGCGAAAAGGGGAGUUAUCAGAACAUUUUGAAAGUUCUCGACCCCCAUGGCCAUAUCAGCUUGAUCCUGCCGGGGAAAAAAUACCAGGGCAUCCCCGAAACAGUCCAUCAGACCAUCACCACUGUUGGUUCCGUUCACGGUGUUCCAGACGACUUGACUGAUCUCGGUUAUGCGUGGUUCCGGCUCUUCAGCUUGGGGCUCAAGGAGGGUUGGUUCAGUGGACAUCCGCAUGAGGUGGUGCCAGGUGGGUUGAAUGGAGUGCAAACCGGGUUGGAAAACUUGAAGGACGGUAAGGCCAGUGCUGUCAAGUAUGUCUAUCGGAUUGAUGAUACAGAGGGUGUGAAUCGAAGCAAAAUCUAA